AGGCCGCUGUUAGAGCCCGCGGGUGAAAAUGACCGCCGCGGGGUUCCUCGGCCGGGGGGUGGCCGGGUGCCGGGGCCUGCCCGGCGGGAAGGUGUUUCCAUGCCCCGGGAGUGAGAGGAUACUGGCGGGGAGACACUUGGUUUCGCUGUGUUGAGUCGUUUUCUUUCUAGGCCGGGUGCAGCAGAUAGGCACCCUGCGUUCAAGAGCAAAGUAUUAGCAAAAUGGUCAAUAGAUCCUGGUUUUCCUCAGUAUGUAUGAAUGGCACCUGUGGCAAGGAGCCCAGCACGGAAGGGUGGUGAUGCACACGUCUUCCACAAGGGACACCUGCAGUCAUUCUGAUCUGGUGGGUAACCAACCAAAGAAGCUAUGAAUAUCAUCUGUGGUCUAAAGUUGCUGGGCAGGAACUGUAUGUUCUUUAGUUUGGCUUCUUUGACCAAGCAGGGGAAGUGCAAUAAUCUCUAUAGGUCCUACACAGGAUAUCGGCGAACUCAAGUCAGUUGUACACAAGACAGAUGCCAAAGGCUGGAUUUGAGUGGAAAUACUAGAAACUGUUUUUUGACUGGAAGCCCUGACUUCUAUAGAAACUUCAUUGGUAAAGGACUGAGGUGUCUUUUGAAUGUCCCAAAUACAGAAGUGUACAAGAAUGCACACCACAGUUCAGGAAGGUUCUACUUCCAGUCUUCUUGGCCACUGGGGGAGACGAUCACAUCCCUCCAGAUCAGUCCUGUAGGGCAACUCCCAUGUCAUUUUUCUGCUUGGAACAUUCAGAUCAUCAGGUCUUUUCGCACAUCACCACCAUUUCAGGCUGCACCAGUUCCACUUUUCUGGAUUAUUGUUAAGCCAGCUCAGAAAUUAUUUGCUAUCAUUCUUGGCAGGAGCAUAAGAAAUUGGUGGAAGGCACUUCCUCCUAAUAAACGGGAGCUUCUUAAAGAAAGUGCAAGAAAAAAUAAAUGGAAGAUACUCCUGGGUGUCAGUAGCUUAGGAGUUUUAUUUUUCGUGUUUUAUUUUACUCACUUGGAGGAGACGCCCAUCACUGGGCGUGCUCGACUGUUGAUGUUUGGAAAAGAGCAUUUUAGAGAGCUGUCACAGAUGGAAUAUGAUAUGUGGAUGGAGGAAUUCAGAAGUAAAAUGUUACCUGAGGCAGAUGCACGCUAUCAGGUUGUGGAGAGAGUUGUUGGUCAUUUAUCUGAAAGCAAUAAGGACAUCCCACAGGUCUCGGCGCUCAAGUGGGCUAUCCAUGUGGUGGACGAACCAGGUGUAAAUGCUUUUGUGCUUCCGAAUGGUCAAGUGUUUGUUUUCACUGGAUUGCUAAAUGCAGUUUCUGAUAUUCAUCAGCUGUCUUUCAUUUUGGGACAUGAAAUAGCUCAUGCUGUGCUGGAACAUGCAGCAGAGAAAGCCAGCCUGGUUCACUUCUUGGAUUUUCUAUCACUCAUCUUUCUCACUAUGAUUUGGGCCAUCUGUCCCCGUGAUAGUUUGGCAGUUGUUGGCCAGUGGAUUCAGAGCAAGUUGCAGGAGUUUAUGUUUGAUAGACCGUACAGCAGAACAUUGGAGGCUGAAGCUGAUAAAGUGGGACUUCAGUUUGCAGCAAAGGCUUGUGUGGAUGUACGAGCAAGCAGUGUAUUUUGGCAACAAAUGGAAUUAGCAGAAACCAUUCAGGGGCAGCCCAAGUUACCAGAGUGGCUCUCCACACACCCUUCUCAUGAAAAUAGAGCUGAGCACUUAGACCGGCUUAUCCCAGAGGCUCUUAAAAUAAGAGAGAGCUGCAAUUGCCCAUCUCUUUCUGGACCAGAUCCUCGCCUCAUUUUCAAACUUAGCAUGCAACAUCUCCUGGAAUCGUCUAAAGAUCAAGAAACCCCAAAUUCUACAAAGCGAGAUCUCUCAAAACCAAAACUGGAUUUUCCUCACACUCAAAAAGUGGAAGAUAUGCCAGUAACUUUUGCAGUUAAACCUACAAACUAAUGAUAAUAAUUUUCACUUUUUAUGAAACUUGUGGUCCCUGAAGGUCUGUCUUACAACGCAAAUUUGUCUUUGAACCAUAAAGAAGAUGUAGCCACUCA